CUAGUAGAAACGUAUGGGGAUUGGGAACUUGAGAAAUAAGUACAAGUGAGAAACUCAUCUUCCAAGUCCUCAUAAACCACCAAAGUCCCAAACCAACUAAUCUCACAACCAUGGAACCCCCACUCAUUACCACUACCACCACCCCAACCACCACACUCCAAGACAGAGUCGCCAUCGUAACCGGCGCGUCUCGAGGAAUCGGACGAGCAAUCGCCCUACACUUAGCCACUCUAGGCGCAAAACUCGUAAUCAAUUACACCUCUCCAUCCUCCCAAACCCACGCUGAGCAACUCCUCUCCCAAAUCAACUCUCUCUCACCUUCACCUUCCUCCACCACUCCACGCGCAAUCAUCGUGCAAGCCGACAUCUCCGACGAAACCCAAGUAAAAAACCUCUUCAACACCGCUGAACAAGCCUUCAAUACCCAACCCCACAUCGUGAUCACCUCCGCUGGCAUCCUAGACCCCACUUACUCCUCACUCUUCGAUAUCGAAACCUCGGAAUUCGACCGCAUUUUCUCUGUAAAUGCGCGUGGUACCUUUUUGUGCAUCAAGGAGGCCGCAAACAGAGUGAAACGCGGUGGUGGGGGGAGAAUUGUUACGGUGUCUUCGUCAUUGACGGCUUCUUUUGGGGUUGGAUAUGGGGCUUAUACGGCGUCCAAGGCCGCAGUGGAUGCGAUGACUAAGAUACUUGCGAAGGAGUUGAAGGGGAGCAGAAUAACGGUAAAUGCUUUGGCGCCUGGACCAAUAGCGACGGAUAUGUUCUUUGAUGGGAAGUCGGAGGAGGUUGUGCAGAAGGCUAUUGAUAUUAAUCCGUUGGGAAGGUUGGGUCAGGUGGAGGAUGUAGCUCCUGUUGUUGGGUUUUUGGUUAGUGAUGCUGCGGAGUGGAUUAAUGGUCAAAUUAUUCGGGUAAAUGGUGGCUAUGUUUAAGUUUCUAUUUAUGUUUAUGUUUGUUACAACUUAAAAGUACUGUAUACACUCUUUGUGUUCUCGAAUAAUUGUCCGGUUUGACUUAUAUGAUCGAAUAUAUGAAUAUUUGGUUGUAUUUAAUUUCUCGCUAUAAA